AUUCAAUCCUUCAUUUCACAUCUAACUACACUCCAAUACACAAACCAUGGGCUUGUGGUCCUUGAUAAACGAGUUCCACCAAUCAAAAACUACUUGGGUAUUCAAAGCCCGAGUUGUUCGUGUCUAUACUGUACCUGCCCAUGGCAAUUUCGGAGAAUCAUUGCAAUGCAUUUUCCAUGACGCUGAGGAACAAAAAUACAUGCACACAUUGCAAAAUCAGAGGUUGCAAAGUUUGAGGACCUGUUUAAGAAAGGAAAUGUUUAUGCCAUAAGACAAGUCUUGGUGCUAGAUAACUAUAUGAAGUUCAAGACAACAAGGAAUGCUUUGAAGUUGUUAUUCAUCAAAGGAACUGAUGCUUUUCGAAUCUCAGACAUUAAUUUUCCAAUGAGAAUCCUUGACUUCAUAUCCAUUGCUGCCUUACAAGAUGCUGAAGUUAUUGACGAAACCUAUGCCAUAAGUGAUUUUUAAUGAAAAUACAUUUUCUUUUAUUGAAUUUUUAACUAAACUUAUUCAUUAAUUUAUAAUCUCUUAUAGAUGUGAUCGGUAAGGUAACUUCCAUGUCAAACCCAAAGGCCCUAACAAAGAAUGGUAGACAAACGAAGUUGCUUGAUCUAACUCUUGGUGAUGCCAACGGAAAUACAAUCAUUUGCACUCUGUGGGAGAACAUGGUAGAAGAGUUUGUGGAUUUUCUGAAAACAAAACCAAAGUCUAUCACUCUUAUUCUUCAACACUGUCGUGCUAAAAAGUUCCAUGGUCGGGUUGGGGUAACUAACAUGUUCCAUGUGACCAAGAUCUUACUUAAUAGCAACAACGCCGAGUGCGCAGCUUUCAAUGCCACGUUUGGUCCAGAUAAUGAUGAGGAUGGGGAGGCUCUAUCCUUAGCUACUUUUGUUACCCCUACUUUUCAAGAUGACCUAACUGCUGGAAAAGUUCAAUUGGUUUCAAUUGAAGAUCUAACCAAAAUGGAAGAGGAUGGAAAACAAUGGGUUUAUGGAGAGAUAUUGACAAUAGACAGUUACAAAGAUUGGUACUACAUAUCUUGCAAAGGGUGCAGCAGAAAGGUGUCACCUGUGGUACAAAAUUAAUGUUAGGGUGAUGGAUGAGACAGGACAUGCUUCUUUUGUAUUUUGGGACAAAGAAUGCAUUGCUUUGGUUGGAAAAACUGCAAGUACUCUUCAUGAGGAGAUUGAAAAGAUAAGUGUUGGACCCUACUACUUUCCAAUCGAGAUUGAUGCUAUGGUUGAGACUAAGGGGUUGUUUCGUGUGCAAACAAAGAAGAAAAGCAAAAACUACAGGGGUGUUCCUACAUUUAGUGUAAUUGGAAUGAAUUGUGAUCCAACUGUUCUUGCUUUAUACAAGAAUAAAGGAAAAGUGGUUGGGGAAGAAGAUGAUCUCACACUAUUGAGGAGGGAGUUUUCUGAGUCGGAGGAAGUCAUCAUACUUAAUGAGGAAGAUAUCAGUCCCCUACUAUCAAAACAAAAAAGGAAGGCAGUUGUGGUGAACUACGAGGCCAUCAAGAGGAAGCUGUUUGUUGAGCCCCCUCCUGUCCAGCCACCAAAGAACCUUAAGAAAGUGAAAUCGGAAAAAGAGUAGCAAUGUUUAAAAUGUGAAGAUUUUUUUGCCUGAAUGAAGCAUACCAUGUACGCAACAUUUUCCUAUGUGUUUUUGUUGGUGCAUUAGCACUUCAGAAACAUGUUUGUUGUCUGGAACAACUUAGGGAUAAGAUUAGGUUAUGUUACAAACUUUUGGUGUGGGUUAUUUUUUAAGAUAAUCUAUUUUGAUCCUAAGUUUGUAAGUUUUGGCAUUUGUUGUCAAGUGUAAUGUAACCUACUCUGUAUGUAAUGAUAUUUAAAUUAAGUUCUAUUUCCAUGUUCUAGAAA